CUGGGGCCGGACUAGCCCAGCGCGUCUGCCUACCCACAGGGAUUCCCUCUCCAGCCAAUCCGCUCAGAGCAGAGGAGCUGCCCCGAACAAAGAUGGCGCGGGAGGCGUCUGUGAGGGCAGACUGAUCCGAGCACCCAAACCCUCGGCGGACAGCGGAGCCAGUGGUAGCGGCACGGCCCCAACCAUGGAGGAGGGCGGCAGCACUAGCAGUGCUGCCAGUGACAGCAGUACCAGCGGGAGUGGCGGGGCGCAGCAAAGGGAGCUGGAGCGCAUGGCUGAGGUCUUGGUCACCGGGGAGCAGCUACGGCUCAGGCUGCAUGAAGAAAAGGUUAUUAAAGAUAGACGUCAUCAUCUCAAGACCUACCCAAACUGUUUCGUCGCAAAAGAACUGAUUGACUGGCUGAUUGAACACAAAGAGGCUUCCGACAGAGAGACGGCAAUUAAACUCAUGCAGAAAUUAGCAGACCGGGGCAUUAUUCACCAUGUGUGUGAUGAGCAUAAAGAAUUCAAGGAUGUCAAACUCUUCUACCGCUUUAGAAAGGAUGACGGCACCUUCCCAUUGGAUAACGAAGUGAAGGCCUUUAUGAGGGGACAGAGGCUGUAUGAAAAGCUGAUGAGCCCUGAAAACACACUCCUGCAGCCCAGGGAGGAGGAAGGGGUCAAGUAUGAGCGCACCUUCAUGGCAUCUGAAUUCCUGGACUGGCUGGUUCAGGAAGGUGAGGCCACCACAAGGAAAGAGGCAGAGCAGCUUUGCCACCGGCUUAUGGAGCAUGGCAUCAUCCAGCAUGUGUCCAACAAGCACCCAUUUGUGGACAGCAAUCUUCUCUACCAGUUUAGAAUGAACUUCCGGCGGAGGCGAAGACUGAUGGAGCUGCUAAAUGAAAAGUCCCCUUCCUCCCAGGAAACUCAUGACAGUCCCUUCUGCCUGAGGAAGCAGAGCCAUGACAAUCGGAAAUCUACCAGCUUUAUGUCAGUGAGCCCCAGCAAGGAGAUCAAGAUCGUGUCUGCAGUGAGGAGGAGCAGCAUGAGCAGCUGUGGCAGCAGCGGCUACUUCAGCAGCAGCCCCACCCUCAGCAGCAGCCCCCCUGUGCUCUGCAACCCCAAGUCCGUGCUGAAGAGACCCGUCACCUCUGAGGAACUCCUUACUCCCGGGGCUCCGUAUGCAAGGAAGACAUUCACGAUUGUUGGUGACGCGGUUGGCUGGGGUUUUGUGGUGCGAGGAAGUAAGCCAUGCCACAUCCAGGCUGUAGACCCCAGUGGCCCUGCAGCCGCAGCGGGAAUGAAGGUCUGUCAGUUUGUCGUCUCUGUCAAUGGGCUUAACGUCCUGCACGUAGACUACCGGACCGUGAGCAAUCUGAUUCUGACGGGCCCACGGACGAUUGUCAUGGAAGUCAUGGAGGAGUUAGAGUGCUGAGCUCCUGGGCGUCCCAGCCCUCCAGCGGCCUGUGGGUGAUCGAAGCCAGAAUGACACAAAGCAAUGCAAUGGCAAGAUUUCCAUGCAAAUGGAUGGUUUUGGACAUACGAAUCUUCUCCGCACAUACAUGUCUAAAGUUGAGUUUUAUACACUGAAUGUGGAAGAACCGGGUAUCAUAUCUUUUUUAAAAAAUGUCAGUGUAGAAAACAUUUGGGAAACCGUUUUCCUACAUGAUAGAACUGCCUUACUAGAUUUCUAUUUGUAGUUGUCAUUCAUUGUUUUUUAUCUUAGUUUGCAUUGUUUUGUAUCUUAGUGUGUUGAAAUGCUUCUCUAGCACAAACAGCCACAUCUAAAGUCCCCUUCCUCAGAGUCAAUAGAGUAGUUGUUAAAGGUUUUAAAUUGUACUUUCUCCAAAAUUAGCAUGCAACUAUUUAAUAGGGAGUCUAGAUUUCACCAAGAUUCAAAUCAAAGCAACAUUUAAAGGAAUAAGACCUGCUCACUAGCAUUUUCAAGGGGAUUCUAAAGCAUUCAAGUGCUUAAAAGCCAUAAAAGAUGACUUCUUAAUUCCUGCCUUUAGUGUCAACUUUUAAGUUAAUACAGGUUUCAAUUGUGGCAUUAGCAAAAAAAAAAAGAAACAAAAAAAACUUUGUGAUGCUAUGGGUGGGGGUAGUUAGAGAGAGACUACAUAAAAUUGUGUGCCCCUAUUUUCUUUCUGAUCCUAAAUCAUUUUGUUUUAUAAAUCAGCUAUAGCAUCUUUCUAGAAUUAAUCCUGAAUAUGUUGAAUGUUAAAAUAGAGAAGUUUGUAUAUACACAUUAUUAAAAAUCAACCCUUCUGGCAAGAUUUCACUUUGAAGGUGUCUGUUUUUAAAGGACAUGUUUAGUUUAAAGUCUAAAACUUUGCUGAUACGUGAUAAAACUUGAACUCUAAGUUGCCUCCUUAGCCUGAAUUUUUACUAGCUUUCUAGGGUAACAUAUUCUAAGGACAUGACAUGCUGCUUAUUUGGGGGGAUUAUUUUUCACCAAAAUGAUCAUCUUGUGUUGUAACUUUUCAGCUCACUUGUAUAUAUGCAUGUUUUCAUUUUUGGUCUAGAAAAUAGUGCAUUUUGGGGCUUGGUGUGCAGAGGAAAUUCCUCAAAGUGCCAAAUUAGGGAGUCAGGGAAUAGUAAAUUCUUCAUUCCAAAUAGUGGAUCUGAAUUAUGAGGUUAAUUUUUUAUCAUGCAUUAACAAAAUAAAAUAUGAGAAUUGUACCACAGUCAUUUUUUUCAUUAUGUUAUCAUAAUGUAUACGUACUGGUGGAAUGGACCUACCAUGCUAAAUAUGUUAUAUAUAUAUAUAUUUCUGGUAAUCCAACUUUUCUGAUUUGUAGCUUUAGUCAAGAAUAGGAUUUUGGAGUGACAGAGAAUGUCUUAACAGUAAUACUGUUGAUAUACAUUUGAGAAAUACUGUCACCUCUGUGUGGGUGUGCGUUUGUAUGGUAUGGCAGACUGUGCAUUUAAUAUAUAUGAUAUCCUUUAACUCUCAUUACAACCUUGCAAGGUAGAUAUUAGCAUCCACAUUUUUCAGAUGUGGAAGGUAAGUCUGAGCAAGUUUUAAAAUGGUCUGUAAAUUCACACGGCUGCAGGAACUACUAAGUGAAAUAGACUGACUGUAAACACAGUUUAACGCUAAAUCCCGUGUUACUCCCCUCAACUUUUCCUCAUUUAAGGACCUUAUAUUGAGGGUUUAUUCUGAGCCAGGCUCUGUGCUAAGACUUUACGCCAUUUGUCCUUAUUGACCUAUGAAGUCAAUAAGGUCAUUAUCUCCAUUUUACAAAUGAGGAAACUGACUUGUAAAGUGGUUAGUCAUAUGCCCAAGGCCACAAAACUAAUAAAGUGGGAAACUUUACCACUGGCUUAAAAAGUUUUUUAUAGCAUCUUUAAAAGAUGAGUCUUAAAUGCUUUCUGUGCUCAGGUAUUCAUUAAGUGACAAAAGAAGAAGGAACACCUUUCGAGAAAUGGUAUCUCCUUUUGAGAAAUGGUGUCUUCUUCUUGCCUGCUUUACCCAUUAUCUUGGACCCUGGCAUCAUAGAACUUCCCUUUACCCAACCCUAAGCACCAGAGAAGCAUCUCUCUGUAUCUAUUGCACACAAAUCUCCUCUUGGCCGUGAGGAAGGAAGGAAAGAAGGGAGACAGGAUUUCCUUCUUUGGUUCCCUUCACCCUAGGUUCAAAAGCCAAAGGUCAUGGGAGCUUUCCCUUAGCUACUCCUCCAGCCCACCCCUGACAUCUUUACAUAGCAAUUAAAAUGACUACCCUUACUUCCCUGGGGACCCUGUCUCACCCCCUCCAGCCUUUGCACACAUACUUUCUUCUUCGUGGACAGAAGAAUGUUCUGUCUUACUGUUUCCUGGAAAAUUCUUUCUUCAUGUAAAUUCCCUUUAGAAAUUGUCUCCUCUGAGAAGCCUUCACCGGCUCCCCAGUUCUAGGAUUGAUGCCUCUUCUCUAAAUUUACAUGGAUCCUUAAGUCCUCCCUGUGCCCCAUUAGAGCACUGAUGACAUUUACUUUGAAAUUCCCCUGUUACAUGUCUGUUUGCCUAAGUAGACUCUAAACAUCUGCAGAACAGGGGCUGUGUCUUAGUAUCCAGGGUAUUUUCUUCACCUAACACAAUUCCUGCCACAGAGUAGUGUGUCAGCUCUCCACUGUUGUCUAAAAACCCACCUCAAGGGUGGGGCGCAGUGGCUCAUGCCUGUAAUCCAGCACUUUGGGAGGCUGAGGCAGGUGGAUCAUUUGAGGCCAGGAGGUCAAGACCAGCCUGGUCGACAUGGUGAAACCAUGUCUCUAUUAAAAAGUAGAAAAAUUAGCUGGGUGUUGUGGCAUGCACCUGUAAUCCCAGCUACUCAGGAGGCCGAGGUGGGAGAAUCACUUGAACUCACCAGGCGGAGGCUGCAGUGAGCCAAGAUAGUGCCAUUGCACUCCAGCUUGGGCAAUAGAGUGAGAGUCCAGCUCAAAAAAAUAAAUAAGUAAAUAAAAAAUAAAAACCCAGCUGGGCACAGUGGCUCAUGCCUGUAAUCCCAGCACUUUGGGAGGCCGAAGUGGGUGGAUCACUUGAGGUCAGGAUUUCGAGACCAGCCUGGCCAACAUGGUGAAUCCCCAUUUCUACUAAAAAUACAAAAAAUAAGCUGGGCGUGGUGGUGCACGCCUGUAAUCCCAGCUACUUGGGAGGCUGAGGUGGGAGAAUUGCUUGAACCAGGAGGUGAAGGUUGCAGUGCGCCAAGAUUGUGCCACUUCACUCCAGACUGGGCAACAGAGUGAGACUCUGUCUCAAAAAAAUAAAUAAAUAAAAAUAAAAAAAUAACAACAAAAACACAUCUCAAAUCAUGACUUAAAAAAAAAAAACAAAAAAACCCACCUCCAAUAAUGGCCUUUAGCAACAUCAUUUAUUUGCUUAUAAUCCUGUGGGCUGGCAAUCUGGGCAGAGCUCUGCCGGUGUGAUCCACCACUGCUCCAUGGGUGCCAGUUGGGACUCCACACACCUUUGUGGUUAGUGAGCAGAUUGGUUGGAGGCUGAUUGACCUUGACUGGCCUCAUGUUUGUGUCUCAAAGUUGGCUGGGGCUGUCAGCUGAUAUUCCUUAGUUCUACUCCCCAUGGCCUUUCCCCAUGGCCAGCCCAGGCUGAGAUCUGAGAUUGAAGACGGUGAGAACAGAAAGUACAAGGUCUUCUCUUGACUUGAAAGCUAGUCCAGAAUCAAGGGAAAUAAAGCCCACCUUUUGAUGGAAGGAGCUUCAAAGAAUUUGUAGUCAUUUCCAAUCCACAAAGAGUAGGUACUCACUAUUUGUUGAAUAAAGUCCUAAGAGUAGGUACACACUAAGCGUAGGUACCCACUAUUUGUUGAAUAAAGCCCUAUCGAAAGCUUUUUAGCUAUCCAGAUGCAAAUUACUGGCCACCCUUUGGGCAGAAUUAUAAAAUUCUACCCAAAAGUCUACCAAAUUACUUGUACUUGUAAAAUUCUACCAAAUUACUGGCCAACUUUUGGGUAGAAUUGUACAAUUAAGUUGUGAAUAAAGCUUAUUGCCUAAUAAGAACUUCCAAGUCAGAGAAUCCCAAAAUGAUUGUGCUACACAGGGCCACAUAGAGCACAGCUUUGUCUUUUUUAUUUUUUGAGAUGGAGCCUUGCUCUGUUGCCCAAGCUGGAGUGCAGUGGCGCAAUCUUUGCUCAAGGCAACUUCUACUUCCCAAGUUCAAGCAAUUCUAUUUGAGCCUCCUGAGUAGUGGGACUACAGGCAUGCGCCACCAUGCCCCAUUUUGUAUUUUUAGUAGAGACGGGGUUUCACCAGGUUGGCCAGGCUGGUCUCUAACUCCUGACCUCAAAUGAUCUGCCUGCCUUGGCCUCCUAUAGUGCUGGGAUUAUAGGCAUGAGCCACCAUGCCUGCCUGCUUCGUCUUUUCACUGGGCUAAUGAAGAUACAGGUGUGGAAUGGUUUCAUGGCAUGCCCAACCUCAUGAGGCUUGUUGGGUCAGAGCCUGUGCCAGAUGCCAGUCUUCUGCCUUCCAGUCUUAUAGUUGUUACACGAUAGCCUUCUGCAGUGGAUGGUAAUGUGGCCAAAAUAAGCCUUUGGUUUUGGAGUAUUCAUAAGCUGAAAGUGGGGCCAUGUACCUUGACGCUGGGGGAAUAUAUUUUAAUUGACUCAAGCCUUUCGUUGCUGAAUAUCUUUAAAAAAAAAAAAAAAAGUAUUUUGCCUGAUAUUUUCACAAUUGUUCUGCUUGAAAUGUAAAAUUCCAAUUUCUAAAUGUAAUACCAAGAUUUAUCCUAAAUUAACAAUAAGCAGUGUUUCUAAUAGCUUUUAUUUCAUAUAUAUGUGUGUGUGUAUAAUCUUCAAAUAGGAAAGUGUAUUGUGCAUGAGGUUUCACUCACUGAGAACCUCUGAAAUGUCUUUAUUUGCCCCCUUUAAAAGAAACCAUGAUUUCCAGGCAUUUGUGUUUAUGUUUUUGCUAUGGAGAUGAAAGUAGUUUCUGUUUCUUCAUUAGCAUAGGAUGUGCACAUUGAAAGCCAUGUUCCCUUGUAGAAAGAAAAAUGCUGUUGCCUUUUGGGUUGAUUCUAUUGUCUGAUGUUUUAUUAAUCUCUGUGAAAUAAUUGUGUAAAUUAAUAUAGAGACUAGUUGAGAAACGGUGGAUAACAUGAAGAAGAUACCCAUUUUUGCAUAGAUCAGAUGUGAUCAACUUCACACUAUCAUGUGAAAGGUGGCUGCAUCGGAGAGACAGGAAUUAAUAUUAAAAAUGUUUUCUAUUCAGACUGGUAUCUUACAUUUCCAAAUAUUAUUUUCUUUUGAAUAUGCGGUAUAAGUAAUCUGCUGUAAGUCCUAUUUUAGGUUGGGUGCAGUGGCUUACGCCUGUGAUCCCACCAUUUUGGGAGGCUGAGACCAGGAGUUUGAGACCAGCCUAGGCAACAGAGUGAGACCCCAUCUUUACAGAAUGUAAAUAAUUAGCCAGGCGUGAUGGCACAUGCCUGUAGUCCUAACUGCUUGGAGGCUGAGAAGGGAGGAUAGCUUGAGCCUGGGAGGUUGAGGCUGCAGUGAGCUGUGAUCACACCACUGCACUUCAGCCUGGACAAUAGAGCAAGACACUAUCUUGAAAAAAGAUAAAAAGAUAAAAAGACCAGUUUUAAACUGAUGAUAAUUACUAUUCUCUCCUGUUGACUAUUAAUCUUGUUUCAUUUUUAUUAUAAAUAAAUCAGAAUGACUAAAACAUUUCAAUUUUGCUAGUUGACUGAAAUGUAUUGAUGUAGUUGGCCAUGGUUUUACUCACUUAAGGCAGAAUUUCAGGGGUAACAUGUUUUUUCUUCAGUUCAGUACCAAAAGGACAAAUCUGCCAUGUACCAAAAUGAAACUUGUCAUCAAAGACAGCAUAUGGUAUUGUCAAAUGCGUUAAUAAAUAAUAAAGAUACUUAAUAUAUAUCUUUAUUUUAAAAUUAUGUUGAGAUUUACUUGCUUCUCUUAUGAAAAUGUAUACCAUAAUACUUAAAAUUAUUGUAUGAAAACACAUAGGUGUAUAGCGUGAAAUAAAUGCUUACUUUUUUUUUUUUUUGAGAUGGAGUCUUGCUCUGUCACUAGGCUGGAGUGCAGUGGCAUGAUCUCGGUUCAGUGCAAUCUCCGCCCCCCGGGUUCAAGCAAUUCUCCUGCCUCAACCCAUUGAGUAGCUGGGACGCACCACCACGUCCAGCUAAUUUUUUGUAUUUUUAGUAGAGACAGGGUUUCACCAUGUUGGCCAAGAUGGUCUCUAUCUCUUGACUUUGUGAUCUGCCCUCCGCGGCCUCCCAAAGUGCUGGGAUUACAAGUGUGAGCCACUGCAGCUGGCCCACAGUUUUUAAAAUAAUGACUUUAGGGUUUCAGAUUUUCCUGUCUUUCAAAACAAAUUAGCCAUUUUUUAUCCUAAGAAAGGGUUGCAUUAUAAAGCUGACCUACUACUAGCUUAUCAGAAAAAACACAUGGGUCUCAUAUCUGAUUCUCCUAUGUAGCCAAAAGUGCCAUUUGUAAGUCUACUUAACGAUGGAUAUUUUCUGAAGAUCUUUUGCCUGGAAAACAAAUAGUGCAUUAAAAAGCUUUUUUGGUA